AUGGCCGCCCGCUCCCUCCUCCUCUACGCGCUGCUCCUGGCCCUCGCCACCGCCGCGCCGUCCCACGGCCUCACUCAAGCGGAUGUUGCGAAACGAUUGAAGGAGGAGCUGUCACAGAGGAACCGUGGGCAUGAGAUGCUCGAAUCAUGGAACGGGGACCCGUGUUCUCCACCUACUUGGGAAGGGUUCUCUUGCGAACCCAAGGAUGGUGCCCAGGUCGUCGUCAAGCUGAACUUUUCUUCGAAGAACUUGCAAGGGCCAAUUCCUGCAGCGAUUGGUAACUUGACGGAGCUAAAUGACAUUUAUCUUCAGUAUAAUAACUUCACUGGAUUUAUUCCGGCAUCAUUUUCUGCUCUCAGACACCUGCGAAAGCUGUCGGUGAUUUGCAACCCCUUGUUGAACAAUAAGCAGCCUGAUGGAUUUUCUAGUGGCGUAAAUUUCAGCCAUGGAGGAUGUGCUACCCAAGAGUACUAUAGCUCACCUGCUGAAGAGUACCAAAGCCCACCUGCAGUUGCCAGUCAGAAAGUAUUUGUUAUUGGUGGUGUCGCUGGAGGAUCUUUGGCAUGUACUGUUGCACUCGGAUCGUUCUUUGUUUGUUUUAACAAACGUGAACGGCGUUCUCCAAAAAAGGACUGCUCUUCUACAACAAAUCCUGUUUUUCAAGAAUGCAGCAUUGAUAACACUACAAACCCUGCAAUACAACAGUUGUCCCUCAAAUCAAUCCAGACUGCAACAGGCAACUUCAAAACUUUGAUAGGAGAGGGUGGGUUUGGAUCAGUUUAUCGAGGUGCAUUAGCAAAUGGGCAAGAAGUUGCAGUAAAAGUCCGCUCAACUUCAUCGACACAGGGAACACGUGAGUUUAACAAUGAGUUAAGACUUCUUUCUGCUGUGUGGCAUGAGAAUUUAGUCCCACUUAUCAGCUAUUGCUGUGAAAAAGAUCAACAGAUAUUGGUCUAUCCGUUCAUGUCCAAUGGCUCACUACAAGAUCGCCUCUACGGUGAGGCAUCAAAAAGAAAAGUUCUUGAUUGGCCCACGAGACUGUCUGUUUGCAUUGGUGCUGCUAGAGGGCUAGUAUAUCUGCACAAUUUUGCUGGGCGUUGUAUCAUACACAGAGAUAUUAAAUCAAGCAACAUACUUCUGGAUCACAGCAUGUGUGGCAAGGUUGCUGACUUUGGGUUUUCCAAGUAUGCACCACAGGAAGGUGACAGCAAUCCAUCAAUGGAAGUGAGGGGAACUGCUGGAUAUUUGGACCCAGAAUACUAUUCCACUCAGGUGUUAUCAACCAGAAGCGAUGUCUUCAGUUUUGGAGUAGUCCUGUUAGAAAUUGUUACGGGAAGAGAACCUCUUGAUGUCAAAAGGCCUCGUGCUGAAUGGAGCUUAGUUGAGUGGGCAAAACCUUACAUCAGGGAGUACAAGAUCGAAGAGAUGGUGGACCCUGGCAUAAAAGGGCAAUAUUGCUCAGAGGCCAUGUGGAGAGUGCUCGAGGUUGCAUCUGUAUGUACCGAGCCCUUCUCAACCUUCAGGCCAACCAUGGAGGAUGUCCUCAGGGAGCUGGAGGACGCUCUGAUCAUUGAGAACAAUGCUUCUGAGUACAUGAGGUCCAUCGAAAGCACUGGGACUCUGGGUUCCAACCGCUAUCUGUCCAUUGACAGGAAGAUGUUUGCAUCAGGGUCGGCGCGAAUCGACUCAACUAAGGGACAUUUACAAACAAUGCCCUCGCUUCCACGGUAA